UGAACCGACGGUCCCAAUGUUAAUUUAGCGAUGUUCUCUGAAUUCUCAUUAGAUGGUGUCCGGAAGUGUGUUUAAUUUUGAGGAUAUCACGAGAGUGAAGCACAAUCGAACCAUGUAAAUCGUUCCUGAAUAAUUCUUUCUUAUUUUGACGCCAUAUAUGUGAAAACGUGGGCGCCUUCGGAUUGUUUGCGAACGUGUUUACCCGUCACUUUUCAAUUAAUAUUGUUGAUAAGAGUCAGGACAUCAUCGGUUUUCAUUUCGGCAUUUAUGUCCUCUCAGUGUAAAAAAAUAGAUGUCAUACUCAGCAAAAAGUUAUCUUACCUUUUACGUCAUGGUGCUGUAAGAGAAGGAUUAAAUAUUAGAUCGGAUGGCUUUAUUUUGGUAGAGGAAUUACUAUCAAAGUCUCUUAGAGGGUAUACAUUAAACGAUAUCCAACGAGUCGUUGAAAAUAAUAGCAAGAAUCGUUUUACGUUAUGUAGUUUUAAUAACGCUUUAUGGAUUAAGGCCAAUCAAGGCCAUUCUUUGUCUGAAAUUGACACUCUUAACUUAAGACCUGUCAAAAGCCCAACAUUUGAUAUAAUUCAUGGGACCUAUUUUAGUUGUUGGGAAAAAAUAAAGAGGGAAGGAUUGUCCCGCAUGAAAAGAAAUCAUAUACAUUUCGCAAAGGGAUUAAACUUUAUUUGUGGACUACGCAAAAAUUCAGAAAUCUACAUUUAUAUUUCUUUUGAGAAAGCAAUCAAAAAUGGUUUACGGUUUGAAGAAUCUAAUAAUGGCGUGAUUCUUUGUACAGGCAACUCAAAUGGAAUCAUUGAAACCAAAUAUUUUUUGAAAACUGUAUCAAAAGAUGGAGAACUAUUAUUUCCGUGCUAGAAAAAAUUAAAGUUAACGAGAAGUUGGUCUUAAUAAAUAUUACCUUAUGAUAUAAUAGUUUCAAUACACCUGGUCAUUCGUUCGCAGUAAAAUUAAA